AGGGAGAUAACAUCUUUAACUCCAAGGAUUCUAGAAAUUUUGGUCCUGUUCCUUAUGGCCUUAUUCAGGGCAGGAUAUUUUGGAGGGUAUUGCCACUUAAAGAUUUUGGACCUUUUCUGAGAAGAUGAUGAUAUGAAGCUUUCAAUCAUAUUUGAUAAGAAAAUUGAAUCAAGGAUGCACGAAAUCCUUGGCAACUUACUGGCUUUGAGCGAGGUUGGGGGUGGUUUUGUUCUUGAAUCAGGCAACCAAGCGUCACAAAAAUUUGCAUCAAAAUCUCUUGUCAUUCCUAAAACUGGUUUGGCCGGAAUGGGUAGGAGUAGGAGUAGGACCACCACGCCUAUGAAAUACGACUGCAUAUGGGAUAAACUGCUUCAUUUAAGAUAUCUGCGGAUUAACCCUGUCUUGGCGGUUAGAUAUUCCAAUUUUAUUAACAUGCCUUACUCCACUACAAACUUAAAAUCGUUGAAGUUGGUGGGUCUGAACGAAACAUUAUUGGAACAUAAGUUGGCUCACUCAAUAAGCCAUCUUAGAUUUCUCCAAUCUCUUGACCUUUCUGGUACCGCAAUCGAAGAUCUACCUGAUUCAAUGUGUUUCCUCCAUUACUUGACAAAUUUGAAUUUGGCGGGUUGUUCGAAAUUGCAUAAGUUGUCUGACUCAAUAGGCAAUUUUAGACUUCUCGAACAUCUAGACCUUUCUGGUACUGCAAUUGAAGAUCUACCUGAUUCAAUGUGUUUCCUCUAUAACUUGACAAAUUUGAAUUUGGCGGGUUGUGCAAAAUUGCAAAAGUUGCCUGGCUUAAUAGGUAAUCUUAGGCUUCUCAAGUAUCUAAACCUUUCUGGUACUGCAAUCCAAGAGCUACCUGAUUCAACAUGUUUCCUCCAUAACUUGACAGAUUUGGUCUUGGCGGGUUGUUCAAAGUUGCAAAAGUUGCCUGACUCAAUAGGUGAUCUUAGGCUUCUCAAUUAUCUUAACCUUUCUGGUACUGCAAUUGAACAGCUACUUGAUUCAACAUGUUCACAGUUGAGCUUGGUGGGUUGUGAAAAUUUGCAAGAGUUGCCGAUUAUUCAGACACAACCUGAUUUUAUAUUUCUUAAUGUUACGGGUAAAAUCAUGGUGUUAGAAAAAGAAAAGACUCUUAAAGCAUUGUCUUGUAUGAAGUCUAACAUUCAGCCGUUAAGAGAACUCAAUCCUCAUCGAACGCUAAUAUAUUCAGAGCUGGUGAAAGAAGGUAGAGCUCUGCCAAAGUUGCGACCUUAUAAUUUGGAAUUAACCAAUUGUUUUUAUGGGAGACAAAAAGAAAAGGAUCAAGUUAUUGAAUUUUUGCUAUCCAUGUCUGAUUCCGAUGAUGACAGCACAAACACAGGCAUGCCUGUGCUUGGUAUAGUGGGCCCAGGUGGGAUUGGGAAGACGACACUUACUCGUGUUGUUUAUGAGGAUCACAAAGUGAAGGCAUGGUUUGAACUUAGAGUUUGGUUAACAUUUCCUAGUUACCAACUGGAUGCUGAGACUUUAGCAAGAAUCAUGCUUGGAAUUCUCAAAGUUGAUUUCGACCAAGAUGACGUGUUGCAAGACCUGAUACCUCUCUUACGAAAGAGCUUCACUGGAAGGAGAUUGCUGCUUGUGUUGGAUGGUUGUUGUGUUGUUCACCAGUGGAAGAUCCUUCAAGCAUGCUUUGAAUGUGCUGCAAGAGGAAGUGCCAUCAUCCUAGCCACAGGGACCACGGAGGCUGCAUUACAAAUGCUUGCUGAUCAUGUUCUGCAUCUGGAUUUCUUAUCCAUGGAGCAUUGCUGGUCCGUGUUUUCAGAGCAUUGUUUUGGAAACCAGAGGCCCGGUUGUUCUCCUCAGCUGGAAGAAGUGGGAAGAAAGAUCUUGGAGAAAUGUGGGGGUGUUCCUUUAGCUGCUAAAAUGCUCGGGGGUCUCCUACACAAGAAGGAAUAUAAGGAAUGGGUGGAUAUAUGGAGGAGCCCAGAAUGGGAUCGGACCAACAUGGAUCUUCCUAUCCCUUUUGUAAGAUUAUUCUAUCUUGAUCUUCCUUCGCAACUAAAACCAUGCAUAACUUAUCUUGUCAUCUUUCCUAAGGGUUACAAAUUCAAGAAGAGGGAAGUGGUCCUCUUGUGGAUGGCAGAAGGUUUCAUUCCGCAGGAAUAUAGUGAAACCAUGGAGGAGCUUGGCUAUAAGUAUUUUGAUUUUCUUGUAGCAAGAUCAUUUCUCAUAAGGUCACAUAGUGGUGACAGCAUGGAUUUCACAAUGCAUGAUAUGGUUCAUGACCUAGCUUUGUCUCUAGCAAACUUUCAUUUCAGCUUUGAUGGAAAUGGUGAUAUCGUUGAUACCUCAGGCUUGAUCUCGGAUAUGCAAUAUUUUGAAAGAACAUCAUCUGAGCUACAUGGCUCCAGAACAGAAGAAGAUAUGAACUUGAAGUAUAGUACUUACAUCGCUGACACGUCUCAUGGCCAUGGCGCACAAUCUCCAAUCAAUGCAAAUGCUGAUGUCCAAAAUACAUUUGAUUUAAGGACUUGUUUUGAAAGCCUUAAAGUUUCAAAUGUAUUACAGCUUGUGAAUUUACCAUCUUCACUGCUGAUGAACAAAUGCACCAAUCUCGCGGAGUUGUAUAUAAUUGGUUGCUUUUCUCUCAAGAACUUGACUGAGCAGUGGUACCCCAGUUCCUUGAGAACCCUUUACUUGCACAAGUGCAGAAAAUUAGAGUUCCUCCUACCCUUUACUUGUAAUUUUGAAUUCUUGGAACAUCUGUUCAUUGGUAGUAGCUGUGAAUCUAUGAAGUCUUUAACCUUAAACCUUUUCCCGAAACUUAAACUUCUUUGUAUCUGGGAUUGUCCCAAUUUAGAGUCCCUUACAAUAGAGGAAAGCCAGAGCAAUAAUCUUUCACUUGAGUCUCUGGACAUUCGGGGUUGCUCCAAUCUCGUGUCCUUCCCAGCAAAGGGAUUGCUUUCUCCCUGUCUUAGAUCACUUUCAGUCUCCAAUUGCGAAAAUCUUAGGUCACUUCCCAAUUACAUGAACAGUCUCACAUCUCUUCAAUCAGUAAUUUUAAAUAGAUGCCCAGAACUUGAGUCAUUACCUGAAGGGGGGCUACCUUCUUGUUUGAAGUUGCUGUCUAUUGGCUUUUGUGACAAACUUAUACCACAAAAGGAGUGGAAUUUAAAAUCACUUCACUGCCUUCAUCGUUUCGAGAUUGAAAGUGGAUGUAUGGGCAUGAAGUCAUUCCCAGAGAAAGACCUUUUCCCUAUUAACCUCAACUCUCUUUACAUCAGCAAACUCCCAAGUCUAGAAGUCUUGGAUUACCGUGGGCUUCAGCAGCUGACAGCUCUUGAGUCACUGGAGAUCAACUAUUGUGAGAAACUAAGUUCCUUGCCAGAAGUUUUGCCUUCUUCCUUGACUUUCCUUGGCAUCAAAGAAUCCCCAAUGUUGACUCAGAAGCUCUUGAAUCCGGUAGGUGCAGAUUGGUUCAAGAUAGCUCAUAUCAGUAACAUAAAAAUCAAUGACAGUGUUUUCUCAAGAUAGAGUGCUGGUGCCUCUUUUGUGUCAAGGAAUAAGAUUCAAUCUCAGACAACACUUGAAGUUCUUUCCAAAUUCAGAUGAGCAGGUGGCUGAGGCUUCGGUGGGAGAAAGCAGUUGACCAAGGAUUUUGUGAUGGAAGAGCAGGUGGCUGUGGCUUUGGCAUAAGAAGAGAAGAUGUCUGAGUCUUCCAUUUUUUGAUCAAAUGCUGCAGGACAUAUUCGAGAACGAUGGCAGUUUGGCUGACAGAAGGCUUAGUUCACAGGGCAAAAAAACUAGAGCAGAAUUUAGUUCUCAUGAAGUCGUGUGAUAUUAUUGUGUAGGCCUUUCAAUGGGUCAAGCGUGUUAACCAAUUCUAUUUCUAUAUUAGUAUGAUCACUUGUAAAUUGAUACAUAUACAUUUGAAUAAAUGUUCUAUUACUAUGUUUCAAGAA